AUACUUUAGUCUGUGGUUGCGGGACUAAAGUACAGUUGUGUGCCCGGUGCUGAGGAGUGUUUUAUUUUAGACUGAAGUUGUUGUUAUUUUAUCUCUUUCUAUUAUACACUAUCGAUCUUAGUAAAAUUUUACAUUUUAAACCAUUACUCGGCGUAGCUCUAAUAUAAAAAUAUGUGAUCAUGAACAAUUACAUCCUUUGAAUUUAAAAGGUACCUCUAUAAAGUAGGAAUAUGCUCUUGAUCGCACGAGAUCAGUUUGUGAUUGACAUAAUCGAAACUCAAUUCAAGGUUCAGCGAUGUAUAUCAAGGUGUUUUAAACAAUUGCUUUAACGCAAGAAGAUGAAAUAAGGUAAUCGUUGCAUAAAUUUAAGACAAAAGGCUGAAGUUUUGUCCUUCACACAUUAGAACAUCGUUAUCUAUGCACGGUUACAGAUCGGUUUUGUUAGAGGUGAUUACGAAGUAACUAAAACAGUGCAUGUAAGUACGCAGUGAGCACAUCUAGUUUAUAAUCGUUUCGCCAACGACGUGUACAUACUAAUUUAAGCUAUAUCUUUACUGGUGGAGGGUCCUUGCUUCUUACUGCAUUCUUAUCACAAUUUUAUCAGGUAACGCAAAUAAUGUAAUUACUAAUGGGUGAUAACUUGCGCUAGAUCCUCAUUAUGGCUAAUGUAAAGAGUAGAGUUAAUACUACUAAAACUGCAUCUACAAAAAUUAAUGGGAAGGGAAAGGUUGGUAGACCAAAAAAGUCAAUAAUUAAUGUUCAAAAUGUGACAGGGAAAGAUGCAUUGAAACGACAACUAAGAAGAAAAGAUAUUGAAGUUCUACCUGAAACCACAUCAAAUUCUGAUAAUAAAGACAAGAAAGUGAAAAAUACAUCAAAUUUAAAAAAAUUGCUGUCUAAAAGUGGCCAUAUUCGACACAAAAAUAAAAUUGACAUUAAAAUAUUAGACAAAAUUUUAAAAACUGAAUUACAAAUUGAAGACAACAAUCGCUCAUUAAGAAGCGUGGUAAGGAAAACACGAUUUAACAAUAACCAUGACAUUCCUACAUUGAAUGCCGAAAAAGACAGAACAUCCAAAAAAAUUGAAUGUGUGGAUAAUGAUAAUAAAAUUGUAAAGGACAUUGAAGUCGCUACUUCAUCUGAUAAAUUAAACAAAGUAGCUAAGAAUAUUAAUUAUAAAAAUACUAAAAUUUUUACUAACGGACAGCUCUUUAUAUGUGAUUAUUGCAAUAAGGAGUUCAAUACUAGAGCAUCAAUAAGACGACAUCUCUUUCUUCAUGAUAAAGUUACAUCAUAUUCUUGUCCGCAGUGUAAAAAAUAUUUUAGAAACCAUCUUUAUUUAGCAGCACAUACAAAGAGGCAACAUCCAAAUUGGCAGAAACACUUUAUGUGUAACAUUUGUGAUAGGCCAUAUUUGCUUAAAUCAAAUUUAAAACUACACUUGGCUAGUCAUAGUCGUAAUGAAAAAAUGUUUAAGUGCAUAUAUUGUAAGGAAAAAUUUGCAGACCAAUAUUUAUUAAUUGAUCAUGAAAAGCAGCAUUUAGUUGAUGGAAAAUAUUUAUGUAUUAUCUGUGAAACAGCUUUUGAUUGUAGAAACAGAUUAACCUUUCAUUAUAGGUCUCAUUUGAAAGUUAAAGAUUUUGUAUGCCAGCAUUGUGGAAAGGAAUUCUUGAGGAUGAAUUCAGUGAGACGUCAUGUUCAAGUCUGUCAUUCAGGUCACAGACUUCAAUGUAAAAUAUGUAAGAAAUAUUUAAAAGGUCAUUUAUCUGAACACAUGCGUACUCAUGAUAAAAAUCGUCCCCAUGAGUGCCCUGAUUGUGGACAGCGUUUCACGCAAUCCACACAGCUGACCGUGCAUCGUAGGUCACACACUGGUGUGCGACCUUAUACAUGUAGAAUUUGUCAACGCCCUUUUUCACACUCCAAUGCAUUGAUGCUCCAUAUUCGUCGACACACCGGCGAAAAACCUUUUAGUUGUGCAAUGUGCCCUAUAUCCUUCUCACAAUUGCCACACAUGAAGGCUCAUAUGUGUAAGAUCCAUGGAAAAGAAGAUCCGUAUAGGUGUCAGAAUUGUAAGCAGUUCUUUAAGCUCAAGGUUGGAUUAGAAGAACAUUUAAAAUCUUGUAUUAAAACCAAAAAAGGCUUAGAAAUAGUUGAGAAAGAAGAUCUAAAUGGGGAGUCUCCUGCUCAACUGUCUCGUAUGAGGUUUCUUCUUGCUUUGCUACUCACUAUGAUUGCCACCAAAGAGAAACUAAAGAUUUUAGGUUUCAACAAGCGAUUAAUUGACGACCUACUUGUGGAAUCUUUGGAAGCUAUGCGCUACAAGCCAUGCAAGGAUAAAAACUUGACUUCAUUUAAUCGCCUUAAGAUAAAUAUAGAAAUGUUACUUGAAGGGACUGUGCCAUCAGAACAAAUGGAGAAAUUAAAGAAAGACAACAAAACCACGGAACAAAUUCUGGAAUUAUUGACCGACGAGAAGAAACGUAAUUAAUGAAAAUCAUUAUCAUAUUUUAAUUAAGUAAGUAAGUCUCAUUGAUAUUAUUUAAUCAUAAUGUACCAAUGUCGAUUUAAAAACUAAUUGUUUUCUGAUAUUUUAUGUGUAAGAAAAGACUGCCACUACUAUUAUUUUUAUUUAUGGACAUCACCAAAAAUUUAGUUUUAAAAUGUAAGCUACUAAGUUUGGCAGGAAACCAAGCAUUACAUUUUUAAGAGCAAUAGUGCAGUAGCGGCCAUGGAGCCGCGCACACGGCCAACGAGAUCGAAGCGAAGCAUCUGUAUUCUGUAGCCCGAAGUUUUAAGCGCGCUGUAUUUGCACUGACGAACAGUGUUCCCAACCGUACGAUAAUUAUCGUACAUGUACCAUAAAUUCAAAGCUACGUACGAUGUACGAUGGUACGCGGCUAUCCUACGCAGAUUGUACGAUAAUUUCCGUAUAAUAAUUACAGUUUUUAGUUUAGUGCCAUCUAUUGGCUCAUUGUUUUACUAGGAUCAUAAUAUGCUGUUGCUUCAUGGCACAAUAUAUUAUUGUCGUUUCAUAUGAUUUUUAAAAGUAUUUUAUCAAUUUUCUUGACUUGUACGAUAAUUUUUAUCCAUGUACGAUAAUUUUUCGUCCCUGGUACGAUAGUUGCCUGGCUUCAGGUUGUGAACACUGCUGACGAAUGUAAUUGCGGUUUUGGCCGCGACCAGGCUGCUAGUGCGCUAUUGCUCUAAUAGUUGGCUUAUAAUGAGGCAACUUGGUGACUUAUAAUUGACUUUAUAGCAGCAAUAGUUCCUUAGAAAUGUUGUGCAUUGAUGUUUUGUAUCAUGUUGAGUCUGAGUAAGGAUUAUGCCUAUAGCAAUAAAAUUGUACCUUUUAUCAAGUUCAUGAAUAAUUGGUUGUGUGCGUGUUACAUAUAUUCAUAUUAAAUCAUUCUAGCAUAUUUGUAUUAUUAUCAUAUAAAUGUAUGCUAAUAAUAAAUUAUAUUUA